AUGGAGAACUCGCUGGGGAUCCCGUAUUGCGUGCAGUCACCAUUGGAUCUCGAUCUGCAUCUGCGGUUCUUUACAAUUUACAAAUCUCUACUUGUAAAAGGUACACGCGUACCACGCGGUGACACCAUCCGCGAUAGUCUAAUUUUCACAGCGGGAAGACGACUCGUUUCGAAUUCCGGAAGCCAGUUCGUCUCGUGUGAACCUCCUUCCUUGACUGCCCAAACAUUGCCCGUGUACAUUCGGCGUGGACAUGCACACGAACAAGUCGUCUUGGCGUACUUCCCCGCCGGACCCUCUGGAGCGCAGCUGAGUUCGCGCAUUACCGCCGUAUGCCGAAAUAAUGUUGAUGGUCGCGUCCGGUGUGAAUUGUCCGACUCCACGAUUCACGGACGAGAAGAAACCUCGGAGGGAAUCCCCAUUGAUUAUCAGCUGAUCUGUCAGUCUUCCACCGUCCCGUUCAGUGCCUACAGGACCAAUUAUCACGCCGUGAAGCGGGAUGGAAAACUGUACCUUACACCCAUUGAUGUCGUCCAUAUGAAGACCGUACUGGAACCCAAAGGUGUGCGCAAUGAGACCCAACGCGUCGGCAUCGUGUCGCAUGGCUUCCAGCAAGCCAAUCGGGCCGAUCCAGCGGCGUCCACGGGAAAAUGGAUCUCUUUCAAACCGAACCUCACGACGGAUCCUUCGUGCCUUAACGUUGAUGGGAAAAAUAUUCUCAACAAUCCUUCCUUAAGGGUGGAAGAUGACGCCAGUUUCCAGAUUGUGAUUGAUUGUGCUUUGGCACUUGGACCACAAAGUUGUCCAACCGGAUCGAAAACGUCCCUCCCGAUGGCAACCACAGAUGUCGGUAGCAGUAUGAGCGCUUUGUUCAAAGGUUCGCGCGUACAACGCACAGCGGUUAUCCAGAAGAAGAUGAAUAAGCCUGUGGAAGAAACUAUUGGCAUUCUCAGCAAAAACGCGUAUUUGGUGCAGGGAAACUGGGUUGGUCCGGGCAGCCUUUUCUUCAAAGCGGGCAAAGGCGUGUCCAUUCCAUUUUCCAUGUGCUUCGAUUAUCUGCUGUAUUACUUCCACAAAGACAGUAUUGUGGACAUUUCAGUUCCUAACAAAUUGCUGAACCUAAAGAAGGAUAGUCUCCUGAGCCUGACGAAAAUGGUAUCGCAGCAUAUGAGCGGAGAGAGGUGGAAGUUCUGUGAAGAACCGGAUAAGGAAUUUAUGCAGUCUUAUCCAGAUAUCGUCAGGCAGCAACGGGCGGCAUGGGAAGAAAGGCGACUGGAGAUCGAGCGGUUUGUUGCCGAGUGGCAGAGGCAGAGCGCUGUGGGUGGUGUAAAUGCGGAUGCUCAAAAUAAUUCUGCGCAGGCUGCAGAGGAAACCACCGCCAAUCCGGCUGCAGGACCAAAAAGUGUUAAAUCGGCACUGGCGGAAGUGGCGUUGCUCAAAGGAAAGCAAAAGGCGAUUGCCAAGCCGACGCUUCCGAUUAACGGCGCUGCCGUGAUUCACUCACGAAAUUCGGCUAUCGGAAAACGUUCGUUUUCCAAAGUCGAUCCACCUGUGAACGGCAAUCCUAGUGGGGCUAAGCGAAGAUUCACUCGGUCAGCAAAGAGAUAAUUUAUUGAUGCUAACGAUGUUGCAGUAGUUGAUUUCCGAGGUGUCGUGGCCAGUAACUGACAAUCUGAGCGCUUGUGAAUUGAAUGGCGCAAAAAGUACGGUUCAUGUUUCCUUCAUUUUUUUUCUGAAAUCUGCUUUUGUCCAAAUUCGAUUGAUCUUUUACGAACAUCGCUAUAAACCGGAUAGCACCUA